CGAGGAUGCACAAAUGAGAGGGCACCAUCGGGAAGCUGCUCAUCCGUAUGAUCCUGUGCGGCCGUACUGCGGAUGGAGCCCGAGCUCCUCCAGGGUGUGGGAGCACGUCACGUAUGCACAUGCACCGACCCUGGGCCAGUCAGAUCCUGAAGCCACGCAUGCUCUAAAACAGGGUACCGACCGUAUGUUUGUGCCGUUUCUUGUCCUGAUGGGCGCAGCACCCCCCCAAGGCGCGCCCACCUUUCAGUGGCAACUCAUCGGAGCCUCCCAUGAUGUCCAGUUGGCCCUUGCGAAUCGACGCUAAUCCACGCCGAAAUGCGAGGACAAACAAGGCUCCUGUGAGUUGCCAUCGAACCACCUCCUACCGGCGAGUUCUCGGCGGGACACUCAGUGGUGGACCCCUCGGCGGAUGACUGCCCUGACAUCUUUAGAGGUCGGAGGAGCCGCGAUCCUCCGCAGCGCAACGGAAGAAGAUGGCUGCACGACGUCGCGCCUGCCGUCCGACGGCAGCUUGCAGUCCUUCCCUUCCUCGAAUGUUCUCCAGGCCGCCGCUGAACAACACCACUCGGCCGCGCUUCGGCUGGACCACAGCGCCGCUCAAGAGCCGGCCCUCCUCGAUCGAGUCGCAGAAGACCGUCUCGCAGCGGGAGCAGUCGCGCCCCUGGCAGGACCGAGUAGACGAUGGCGGUCAGGAAGUAGUGCGGGGGCCUGGAGAGGUAGUCGCUGUGCAUCUCGCACGGCAGGUCCGAGCGGACGUCGGUGGGCUGUCCCGCCACCGCCACCAGGGCGCCCGUCCGGAAGUGCACCUCCAGGAGGCCCUGGAUGACGCCCGUGCCCUCCCAGAGGUGCAGGCGGUCCCUGAAUCGCCCACCUCCUGCAGCACAUCCUCGUCGAGCGCGCCGUCCAACACGACUCGCCCGCACCUGACACGGCGCGGCCCGCAGCUGCGUCUGUGGAAGCGGUUGCCGCGAAAGGAGUUGGUGAUGAUGGAAGGAAGAAAGGGCCGCAAGCGCUCCAGGUCUGCCUCCGAGUCGAGGCAGCCGAGCUGCGUUGCCCAGGGCACGGAGAUGGCCCGGCUGUCGAAGAACACCGGGGCACCACGUCGCCUGUCCGUCCGCCGCCGGCGGGAUCCGCCUGCAGGAUCCACUGGCCCAUGGCACCGUAGGGGUUCUCGGCCUGGGCGUCGAAGACCAGCGCGGUGGUAUUGUCCACCCCCGGGUGCCCCAUGACCGCCGCUCCUGCAGGGAGGGCGCCGAGGCACCGAGCUCGGCCGGGCCCGCCCUGGCUCCGAGACGGGCGCGUGGCUUGACCCUGCCGCCGGCGGGGCCAAGGAAAAUCACACGCUCGGAGGAGGACCAGUCGAGGCAAGGCGGUCCGAAUCCGGUCAAAAUCGGUCCCCGCCGUGUUCCGCCGCGGACAAGGGGAAGAGCACCAGGCAGGAGCGCCUUUCUCUUGACUGGCCCGACGGGCCCUCUUCCGAAUCAUACAAGGAAAAACUGGAAAUGCGUGGCUGGAAUCGGAACAUCUGGACGUCACGCGCUGGAUACGCGUGCGGAAGCCCUGCGAGCAAGGACGCAGAAGUCGAC